CUGCACAUUCCGAUUACUGUGGGACGAAAAGACGUCGAGGCGCGCGCUUUCAUCAAUAGCGGCGCAACUGGAAUCUUCAUCAAACAUCGACUUCGGACAGAACCUCUUUUCCAACCCAUCCCCGUCUUCAACAUGGACGGAACUCCGAACAAAGAAGCACUUAUUACGCAAAGAGCUCUCUUAUCUUACAAGAUAAGCGGAGAACCCGGAUUUGUCAAAGCCUACGUCGCCAGCAUUGGCAAGGAAGACAUCAUCUUCGGCCAUACCUGGCUCAAGCUCGAAAACCCCAAGAUAGACUGGAAAAUGGGAUGA